GGAACUGUCAAAUAAAUUAGUCAAGACGACGCAUUCGUUGCAGUCGAGAGUGAAAUCUUCACCAAGAUGUAUACAAACGGUAGCUUUCAUAGCCAAAUUGGCAACAAUGACUGCAAAAUCUAGUGAAAAUUUAAACAGAAAUCAUAAAAGUGCAACAUUAAGAUAUUUUUCACAAUCUAACGAAAGUGUUAAUGAAAUUCAUUCAACUUUUAAUGAAAAAUCAUUAACAUUAGAUGGACGAUUGCCAUUAGAUGAGUUCAACAAAUUUAAAAACGCUGAUUUUGUGCGAAACAAAAAGAGUUGUUUAAGAUCUUUUAAUAUAAGUGGAGCCCAUUUAAGUCAUCUUAAGGAAAAUAAAACAAAAAAUUUGCGACCUGAAAGCUACACACCCAAUGACAGUCACUUUCCCCAAGUUUCAGCAGCUGGUGGAAAGAUUCACUGGGCAAAGCGUGACGAAAUUCUUCCGAAGAAAACUUCAGUUGGUGACGAAAUGUCAGUGAAAUCAAACAAAAUUCAUAGCAACAAUAAAACCUCCGCUGCUGAUAAUUGCGACACAAAACUUAAGAAAGAUGUUGUUGCUCAAAAGUUUUCCAAUCAUGACUCGAAAAAAGAAUCAAUUUCAUCAUCAGCGGGAUCACUUAACUCGUCAGCUUCUUCAAACACAAAUUCGGCAAGUCGAAAGUUCAGUUUUAAGACGACGCCAUCAACAACAUCGACUUACAUGAAUAAGAAAAUUGCUGCUACGAGUAAUGGUAACAAAGUAGCACAAAUCGCUCAACGCUUUAAUCAAAUGAUCCAGCAGGAUGCCACUUUGCUAGACGAAGUAAAAAAGCGUGGAACAGUUGUGUUGCAUCGAUCAGGUGGUUGUGUUUUUAAAAUAAAAGAAGAGAAAGUUGAUAACAAGCCAGCAUCAAAUCAUAAGAAGUCUUAUAAUGACGAUGCAUCAGACGAUGCUGCGAGCUUACCAAGCAUUGGAAAAAACAGCACAAGGAGGAAAAGUUCUUUAAGGAAGCGGCCAAGUAUUAGAAUUCUCAUUGAAUCACCACGCAAGGAUGUUAAAGGUGGAAAUGUUUUAUCAAAAAAGCAACUUUAUGAAACAAACAUUUUAAACAAAGAAACGAUUGUCAUCAAACCCAAAGUUCCAGACAAAAGUGAACGAGUUCUAGCAAAGACCAAGGAACUAAAGCACAAAAAACUUAAUGAAAUUGCAAAGACUGAAACGACAGUGCCAGAAAUUAAUGUCGCUUCGACUAAAGUAGAAGAUGAGAAGCUUGAGGCAAAUUGUGAGAAUGAGAUUAGCGCUUCAAUGCAACUGCCAGUAAAAGAUCAUAAGAAAAACAACUUCCAAAAGAUAUAUGAUAAGAUUUCCUUCAGACCUACAUUCCUAUAUGGAAAGAAAACUAGCAAAGAUGGCCCGAUAAUUGAAGUAGACAAUAAAAUAGUUGAAGUUGAUGAGCAGAAAUGCGAUAAGAUGCAAGUUGACAUUACAAAAGAUGUUGAAGAUGAACUCGAAUUUCAGUCAAUUGAUUUGAAUCUUAAUGUUUACUUCAACAAUGAAAAUUUAUCGUCGAAUACAAAAGAUUUGAGUACGAUGGAAUUGGAAUUGGAUAGCAACAACAGUGAAGGUUUUAAUCAUAAUUAUACCGACAAAUCCGACCCAUCGGCGGUGAAACCAAAUGAAUCGUUUCUGUUCCGUUCGCAUUUGAGUGCUAAAAUUGAGACUGCGAGUGAUGCUUUCUUUCGUGGUAUGCUUAUUGAGACUCCCAUCGAAUCACAGCUUCAAGAAGAAAAUGAACCAAUUGAGAAAAUUGAGAAGUCUAUGACGGAAAUAAUUUUGAAUGUUCCCAACUCAUCAGAUAUUGUUCAUGAAAAUGGUUAUGAAGUCAUUUCACGAUGUUCACAAGGCGAACCAAUUCCGAUUGAAACUCAUGACGUUGAUAGAAGUAACGAUAACAAUAACGAUGAUCAUGAGAACAUUUAUCAAUCACUUUGUGAAGUUAAAGGGGAAACUGCAAGCAUUCGAAGCUAUGAAUCUUUUGAAAACUACGAUGAGAUUGCGCAAAAUAUUUUAGACAAUAAGAUUAGUUUGGCAGAGCUUAUAAAAAGUGAAGAUGAUUACAUAUUGCCAGAAAAGGCGCCAGAACUGCCUGCGCCAAGAAAAAACACGAUACCUAAGAUUUCAUCGCCGAUUUUGACAUCAACGACCUCAAAUCUAGUUAAGUCCGAUAUCCAAGUGCCAAAGCUCAAACUAAAUUACGAACUUCAGAAAUCGAAUAGCUGUGCUUCAACAACUUAUGAAAGAAUUAAAUACGAUCAAUUAACGAUACUUGGUCAACAACAGCAGCAACUAAUAAACGUUCCACUGCCACCAAGAAACGAUGAACAUUCCUGUGCUGGUGAAAACUUUUACGACACAAUAAAGAAUGGCGAUAACCAAUCGUUGAUAAUCCCGUAUGAUAAAAUCAGCGGGAAAAAAGAUAAGAAGCUUAAUUCGAAUGAUGAGAACAACUCAUUUAACGAUGAAAACGAUAAUCCAUAUAAAAAUUCCAAAAACGACACAAUGUCAAUUAUUUCGAAUUGUUAUGAAAGUAUUAGCUUGAAGCAAAAUUAUUCAACAAUAAAUCAAAUAUUGAGGCAUGCAAUAUCGACGUCAACAUUAACGUCAGAACAUCGAAUUAAUAGCAUUUAUGGUACUAUGGUUGGACAAAGCUUAACACCGCCAAGUGAUCGAAGUACGAGUGAUAACAGUGAUGAAUGGAUUGACUUAUCAGAUGAAGAAAAUGACGUCGGAAAUGUCACUGACAAUCGUUUCAUUGUAUUUUGUAAGAAAUCCAGAAGUCAUAAAAAUCCCGAUUGGUCGACACUGGUUCGUCAAAAACUGGAUGAAUGGAAUGACGAUUCAGAUCAUCAUUAUGAGUCACUUUAUUCAAUUCAACAACAGCGUGCAGUGUUAGAAGGGAAGAUUGAGAAACCGUUAACACAACGAAGUGAAGUUGACUUUGACAUUUAUCGAGAGAAUGUUGAAGAUUAUGAUUCAUUCGACGACAGUGAUGAAGAGCAUCAUUCUGAUCAGUUGAAGAUUAACGAUGAGAUUAAAGAUGAAAAGCUUCCAGAACCUCCACAAAGUACUGGUCAAGUGUACGCUUUCGUUCAAAGAAUUAAAAACUUCGGUUCGAUAUCUAAAAAUGAAAUCUCCAAAGGCAUCAGUAAGAUUGCUAAGAAGCGUGUAAGUCUAGGAAAGCUUCCAACAUCAAGAUCGCAAUUUUAUGAAAGCAAUCAGAUAAAUGAAGAGACUGUAUACAAUCCUCCCAAAUAUGAAAGCAAAAGCUUAGGGAAAAAGUCUCGAGGUUUAUCGAAACUUCAAAAGCUUGGCAGACUUACAAUCAAUAAACUUCCAACAAACUUUUCCCUUGAUCAUCCAUUUGAUCAUUCAGAAUAUCAACGAACAUCGCAAAGCAGCUUGAAAGAAAGUGAGAGCAAUUCUAGUCCUAACAAUUUAAGCAAAUCCAUGAGCAAUUUCAACUCUGUUGAGAAUGAAGCUGAAUUUCAAUGCUCGAAAAAUAAAAACGAAAAAAGCUUAAAAUCGAAGUUUCGUAAAGGAAGCGCGCCGUCAUUCAGUUCAUCGUCAACUUCCAAUAUUUAUGGUUCUUUGGCAAGUAAAAACAGCACAUUUUAUGUCACUGACUCCCUUGACGUUGAUUCAGGAAUUUUCGCUGUUAAUGAGAAAUCAACAAGCUCGCCCGAUAACUCAAAUCUCAACUUGAAUUCCAACUCAACUUCAAAUGUUAAUUGUGAUUUGAAACGACGUUCAAUUGCUGCUAUCAACACCAGUCGUCCUAAUGAUCCACCACCACCACCACCUUCAGAAAGUGCUUCAAGAUCACGUGGAUCGACUUCUUGGUAUGCUGAAUGUGGUUUGUUUAAGAACGAAGAUGUUCAUCUCGAUGAAGAACAUGUCGGGGAUGAGAAACAUGAGAAAGUUUCAGCUUCGUGGUAUUCCGAUAGUGGAUUAUAUCAAACAAGCAGCAAUUCAGUUGCAAGUUCAAGCGGAAGUUCAGGUGUGUCAACAGGUGGCGAAUGCAGUCCAUGUGGCGAUGAAAACUCUCAUAGCAUGUUUCUAAAUGAGCCGCUUUAUCAACUGUAUACGGCUGCUAAGUUAGAGUCAAUCUCGUCAAGUGAGUUUGAGCCGGAAAUUGAAUCCGAUGGUUAUGAAGAGAUUAGCAAAAAAGAUCUGCAAGAGAUUGUCGAUAAAAAGCCGUCAAGGCCUUCAGCUUUGCAACUUAUCGAGCCGAAUCAAGGACCUUCAAGAACGCUUUGGAGUGAAGUACCCGAAGUUAUUCAAUCGGGAAUUUUUAAUAAACUAAGUCAGAAUGAAAAGCGAAUGCAGGAAGCAAAAUUUGAGAUUUUAACAUCAGAAGCUUCUUACUUGAAGUCUUUGAAUCUUCUUCGAUCGCAUUUCAUGAAUCAUCCAGCAUUUCGUGAUCCACAAAAUCUCGAUCCAACUGAUCGCAAAACUUUGUUCUCUUACAUCGUCCCAGUUUUGGAAUGUUCUGAUAGACUUUUAUGCGAUUUAGAAAGUUGUUGGCAAGAUAACAUUAUGCUUGUGAAUCUUCCGAAGAAUAUUUUUAAGCAUGCUGAGAAGCAUUUUCAUGUUUACAUUUCUUAUUGUGAACAUCAAGGAAGAUUAGAUCGAACACUCAAAAGAUUAAAGGAAUCAAAUGUUUCAUUUAAAGAAACUUUAGAUGCACUUGAAAACGAUUCAGUGUGCUGUGGAUUGAACUUGCAUUCAUUUCUGAUGCUUCCAAUGCAACGAAUAACUCGUUUGCCUUUAUUAAUCGACGCAGUCAUGACAAAGUUGAAAUCUAAUGAUGAAGAGUUUGAUGACUGGAAAAUGACUUUAGCAAUUUUAAACAAGAUUGUUUAUCAAUGUAAUCAAGCUGCCAACCGAUGCGAACAAGCUUUUGAAAUGGAAGUGCUAUCAAAACAAAUUGAGUUUCCAGCAAACAUUACUCCUUUUCCAUUAAUUCCAUUCAAUGUCACAACUAACAAUCGACUACCACGAACAUUAGUCAGACGUGGUGAACUUGUUCAUAUCAUUUAUCGUGGUGAUGAUGCAAAGCUCACGUUUGGUAAGAAAACGACAAUCAAGAAGAACAUUUAUUGCUUCCUUUUCACUGACAUUGUGAUUCUGACGAAAAAGAAGAGUGACGAGUCAUUCCUCGUGUUUGACUACUGCCAAAGAUCAUUACUUCAACUUUCGUCUGGUGAUGUCAUUCCACAGCUACCAGCUAAAGAUGUCAACAAUGCUGGAAAGUUUAUAAUGUUUAUGUCGCUUCUUGAAAAUUGUAUUGGAAAACCAAUUGAUCUGAUACUUUCAUGUCCAUCGGAAACUGAACGACAAAGGUGGUUGCAAGCAACAGCACCACCAACAUCUGAAAAUCCUUACGAAACUUUAUACGAACAAUGGGACUGUCCUCAAGUGGUUGUAAAGCAUGCAUAUCAAGCCUUAGAGCCUGAUGAACUGACACUCGAUAUUGGAGAUGUUGUUAAUGUAUUGAAAAAGAUGAAAGACGAUGGUUGGUAUUAUGGUGAAAGAAUCAGAGAUGGAGCUCAAGGUUGGUUCCCUGGAAAUUAUACUGAAGAAGUUCAUUCAUCUCAUGUGAGAGCGAGAAACCUAAAACAACGUCAUCGUCUUCUUCUUUACACAGCAACUUAUUUGGAAUCACAAAAGGAGCCAAGCUUAAAAAAGAAAUGA